AUGCGUUCUUUUUUUCUACCCGUCCUUUCGUUUACACUUGGCCUCGCCACUAGUGCGAUUGCCGACCCCACACUCUCUCCUUGGCACCUUCACGAACAGCGUUCACAUAUACCCGCAGGAUGGUCUCGAACACAAAAACUUGAUUCUUCUACCUCGCUUCCCUUACGAUUUGCCCUUGCCCAGUCAAAUAUCGAUGAUAUCGAAUCACUUCUCUACGAGGUGUCACAUCCCGAUUCAUCCAACUACGGAAAGCAUUGGUCUCCAAGUCAGAUUGCCGCCAAAUUUGCACCAAGUAUCGACUCUAUCGAGACCGUGCGCUCAUGGUUGAUCGAAAGCGGUGUGGAGCCUUACCGCAUAAAACUCUCUCCAACCAAAGGGUGGCUCGAAGUGACUUCUACUGUCGAAGAGGCUGAAAACCUUUUGCUUGCCGAGUAUCAUGUGUACGAUCACGAAACUGGCACACAACAUAUCGCCUGCGAGAGUUACCAUUUGCCAGAGCAUGUGACCCCGCACGUCGACUUUGUGACUCCUACCAUACAUUUUGAUGCCAAAAUCUCAAAGCGCAAUGAACAUAGCAGAGUUCCGAUUGGACAACCUGGUCAAGGUAGCACUCCCAAGACGACCGGUCAAAUUGGAAACAUUCUGGACCAAAUCGAGGAUUGCGAUCAGCAGAUCACGCCAAUUUGCUUGAGGGCUCUCUAUGGACUUUGGUAUCAGCCAGUCGCCGGCGACCGCAACAGCUAUGGAAUCGUGGAAUACACUCCACAGUCCUAUGUACAGUCUGAUCUUGACUUGUUUGCACAGAAUUUUUCAACCGGUCUUGAAGGUGUUUCCCCUACACUAGUCUCGAUCGAUGGAGGUAGCGUCUCGACCUCAGCUUCUGAGUUUGGAUACAAUGGAGAAUCCGACCUCGAUCUAGAGUACGGUAUGACCUUGGUAACAAAGGAACAGAGCGUCACUCUUUACCAAGUCGGAGAUUCGGUUGAAGGCGGUUCUUUCAACACCUUUCUUGAUGCACUGGAUGGAGCAUACUGCACUUACGACGGCGGUGAUGAUCCCGCCCAGGAUCCCGUUUAUCCUGACACCGCUAGUGGCGGAUACGAUGGCAAUGAGGAGUGCGGAACUGUCAGGCCCGCAAACGUCAUUUCCGCUUCCUACGGAUACGACGAGGCCGACCUCUCUCCCGCUUAUGCUAUUCGUCAAUGCAAUGAGUACGCGAAGCUCGGCCUCAUGGGCGUCACUUUCCUCUUUAGCUCGGGAGACUCGGGUGUCGCAGGCAACGGGGGUUACUGUUUGAAUCCCGAUGGUACUCAAUCCCCGGAUGGUACAAUCUUCAAUCCCGGCUUCCCUGCUACAUGCCCGUAUGUCACUGCCGUCGGUGCCACCCAAGUUAGCCCUGGCAAAUCUGUAUGGGAGGCCGAAGAUGCUUGUGAAGAAGUCAUCUACUCUGGCGGUGGAUUCAGCAACUACUUCAGUAUGCCCUCUUAUCAGCAGGCAGCGGUCGAAGGAUACCUAGCAGCUAACCCGAUCUCGUACUCCAAGGAUAUCUACAAUUCUACCGGGUCCCGUGCAUAUCCCGAUCUUUCUGCCAACGGUGCAAACUAUGUCGUUGCUGUCGGCGGUAAUUUCGAGCUCGUGUACGGAACGUCUGCGGCUUCGCCUGUCGUUGGUGCUAUCCUGACCAUGGUGAAUGAUGCUCGUAUCUCGCGCGGUAAACCACCUCUUGGGUUCAUCAACCCCGCGAUUUACUCCCCUAAUUUCAUUGGUGGCUUCAAGGAUGUCGCUAACGGAACCAACCCAGGGUGUGGCACUCUGGGAUUCAAUGCGAGUCAAGGUUGGGAUCCCGUUACUGGCCUCGGGACCCCCUACUUUCCCUCUCUGCUUAGCAAGUGGAUGUCUCUUUAA